AUGUAUGGUAUUCACUCUAGGACCUUCACCGUCAGUAGAGAUGUAGUGUUGAAGAAAGAUGUAUUUCCUUUCAAGUAUGCUCACACUACCUCUUCUAUAUUUUCUGUCUUGGAUCUCACUUCUACUAUUCUCUCGUAUCCUGAAAAUAAGUCAUCAUCUCAAUACCUUUCUUCUACUAAUUCUUCACUUGGUGAUGAGAUUCCACUCAACAAUACAACAAGUGAAACUGUAGCAAAUACUGGUGGCAAUUCAACUGCUGGUGGUCUUUAUUUCUCAGUGUCUAUACCUAUUGAACCAAGCUUUCACUUCUCUCCACCACUGCCUACUCCUGAUCCUCCUCUUAACAGGAAGUCUAACAGAGAUAGCAGGCCACCUAUUUGGAUGAGGGACUAUGUCACUCGCAACAAAAGGAAUGGCUUGGCAGCUUACUCAGUCAUUUUUGAACCUAAGACAUUUGCUGAAGCUGUCAAAGACUCUAAGUGGAUUGCUGCAAUGAAGAAUGAAAUCUUAGCUCUGGAGAAAAAUAACACUUGGAGAGAGGUUGAAAGAUAUAAGGCAAGGCUUGUAGCCAAAGGCUACAACCAACAGGAAGGUCUGAAUUAUACUGAAACUUUUUCUCCAAUGGAUAAAAUAGUGACUGUGAGGUCUGUUUUGGCCAUAGCUGUUGCCAAGCAUUGGUUUAUCUAUUAG